AAACUUUAUUAAAUGCCCCUGGUGUUUAACAAAAUUACAAUAGCAAAUCCUUCAGUGUAGAGUGAAAUUGGCACAAUGAUGUUUUAUUGGGUUUCAUCUGAAGUGAACUCAGGUGAGUGUACAGCCAGUCAUGGGUAUUACUGGGCACAGCCAAAAUCAAGUCUGUCUAGAUUGUCAACAGAACUUUUACUUUUGAUUCCAGUGUACAAACACCGCAUACAGUAACUCCUGACCACUAAAAGGACUAAUAUCCUGGUAUGAGUAACUCCUGCUAUUUGUGGUGGCAGACAUGAAUUGGAUGUCUCUACAAGUCCUGCUCGGCGGGGUCAGCCAAUACUCCACUGCGUUUGGCCGUGUCUGGCUAUCUGUGGUGUUCGUCUUCCGAGUCCUGGUGUUUGUGGUGGCUAUUCAACAGGUGUGGAAUGAUGAACAGAAAGACUUCAUCUGCAACACCGCCCAGCCGGGCUGUGCUAACGUCUGCUACAACAAAUUUUUCCCCAUCUCCCAUGUCCGUCUAUGGGCUCUGCAGAUCAUUUUUGUCACUUGCCCAUCUCUCAUGGUGGUGGCUCACGUCAAGUAUCGUGAAAUGAAGGAUGAGAAGUACAUCACUCUCCACAAGGGUGAUCAUCUGUAUGUCAACCCAGGGAAGAAGCGUGGAGGCCUGUGGUACACCUACAUACUCAGCCUGAUGUUCAAAGCUGGCUUCGAUGCAGGAUUCCUCUAUAUUUUGUACUUCCUUUAUCAUUUCGACAUGCCAAAUGUUACCAAAUGCACAGAAGAACCUUGUCCAAAUACAGUUGACUGCUACAUCUCCCGUCCUACAGAGAAGAAAAUCUUCACCCUCUUUAUGGUGGUCUCCUCUUCUGUGUGCAUCUUCAUGUGUAUCUGUGAGAUAUUCUACCUGAUUAACAACAAAGUUCGCAAAUUCCUGCGCAAACGGAGAGACCGGAUUACAGACUCCAACUACAGACGGGUGGAUCCAACAGCCUCAUCAACCCAGAACCUCAGCAACUUGGAAAAAGCAAAGGCCGCAGCAGAGGAAAAGGAGUCAGAGCCAACCUAAUUGUGGUCUGAUUCUGAAAAAAACAAGCAUGAUAAACAGUAUAAGACACGUUGGACCUUGGCCAAUAUUGCAGAUAAUCCAAUCACACCAAUACACCAAAGGAAUAUUGCAUUUAAAAUAGUUUAAGGACUUUUUCCUGUAACAAUGACUUAUCUAUGACUAAUUCCGAGUGUCCUUUUUGUAUGUAAUGAUUUAGAUAGAUAUUCUUGAGUCUCAUUCACUAGAGGAGCACACUGCCCCCUAGUAUACAGAAAAUAUAUCCCCUUUGCAUCUUCAUGUGUAUCUGUGAGAUAUUCUACUUGAUUAACAACAAAGUUCGCAAAUUCCUCCGCAAACGGAGAGACCGGAUUACAGACUCCAACUACAGAUGGGUGGAUCCAACAGCCUCAUCCACCCAGAACCUCAGCAACUUGGAAAAAGCAAAAGCCGCAGCAGAGGAAAAGGAGUCAGAGCCAACCUAAUUGUGGUCUGAUUCUGAAAAAAAAAACAAGCAUGAUAAACAGUAUAAGACACGCUGGACCUUGGCCAAUAUUGCAGAUAAUCCAAUCACACCAAUACACCGAAGGAAUAUUGCAUUUAAAAUAGUUUAAGGACUUUUUCCUGUAACAAUGACUUAUCUAUGACUAAUUCCGAGUGUCCUUUUUGUAUGUAAUGAUUUAGAUAGAUAUUCUUGAGUCUCAUUCACUAGAGGAGCACACUGCCCCCUAGUGUACAGAAAUAUAACCCCUUUAGAGAAGAACAUGGUGGGAGUUGACCACAAGCAUCCUGUCCCUGGCCUAAUACAGUAAAUUUAAGUCUGAGAUCGUCUACAAAACACUGGCAUUACAGCACACUUAAACUUAGACACCCUUAAAAGCCAGGCACAUUGGGAAAUCUAUACUUUAUAGGCUACACAUGAGUACCUUCAUGAUUUGCUCAGAAACAUACUUAAUUUAGCCUACAUUCUCUGUGUUUAAAUAAUGUUAAAAGAAAUCAUACUUUCAAAUAUCCCAAUUCAACUACACUCUUUAUUGUAGCUGCACAUACUUCAAAGUAAAGCACUACUAAAUAGCCAACAACUAUCAUGGUGCCCAUAUCAUGGUGGUUUGACUUAGUAAAAUCAGUUAUGACUCUUAAUUUGGAGAGUGUAUGAGUACUUAAUUAGGCUACUAUAUAUAUAUAUAUAUAUAUAUAUAUAUAUAUAUAAUGUCAGGUUAGUGUUGCUGCUGUAUGUCAAUUGUCUUGUGUAAUUAUUUCACUGUUUAAACUAAUGGCUGAAAAGCAUAGGUUAUUUAAAGGGGACCUAUUAUGUCCCUUUUUACAAGAUAAGUCUCAGGUGUCCCAGACUGUGAAGUUUCAGCUCAAAAUACCACACUGACUGACAAUUUAUUAUUCCAUGUUGUAAAUGCCCUUUUUUUGAGUGAAAAAAUCAUGCUGUUUUCGUUCAUGUAUGUUUAAAUGCAAAUAGUAUCUUUAGUUCCAUCUUCCCUCAUACCUUUGCACCGGAGACUUCUUGGAAAAAUGCAGUAACAACUUGAAAUACGAAAGAUAUAAGUUAAGAAUUAUACUAAUAAUGUUUACGUAUAUACACAGUCAGGUUCUUUUGGUAACAUUAUUGAUUAUUUUCAUGAUAACGGUAUUGGACUGGUGAGAGUUAUUUAAGUGUAAUGGACAGCUGAAAGUAUCCACAUAUACUCAGAAUGAUUAAUGUGUCAAGAUUUUAGAUCAUUUUACAUACCAUUCUAUUUUGAACUGCACUGAUGCAUUAUAUUACGAUUCUAAAAUAUGUAAGAAAUAGAAAAAAACGAAAGUAUAGAAUACAUAUUCAUUCAUUUAGUGUUAUUCUCUGAGAAUUUAUUAGGUUUAUUUAAUUUGAUACUGCUAUGACUAAUUGUGAGUAUACUGUUUAUAUUCUCUGUAUAUUUCUGUGAUGCGACAUUCUUGUUCUGCAAUAAAAAAGACAAACCAUGA